UUGGGGCAUUUGAGGUUCAAUAUAUUGCUUAAGGGAUUAAGAGCUUGGCCAUCCUGGCUAUUCCUGGGAGUUGAGUCUGCGACCUUCACAUUAGGACCCCUGCUGGUCAUCUGUGUUCCUUUUUCCACUGAAGGGGAAUUCCUUGAGAGAAACAUGACAAUCCCCUGGAAUCCUUGGUGUGUGCAGAUGUUUGUAACAUCAGAAUGCUUAAAUGACGCUACAUGAUUGAGUUGUCGAUCGCAUUGUGACUCAUGUUUUGGGGUGACUUUGAUACAUUUUUAAUCCUUUGUUUGCUCUUCCUGCUAUCUAUUGGUACAAUUUCUUUAACUGAAAUACAUAAAGGAAUCGCCCUGCAAUGGGCUGGCCCCCCAUCCUGGGUUGUUCCUCGCCUUGUGCCUGUAGCUUCCGGGAUAGGCUCCGGACCCCCUGCGACCCAGAAGGUCAAGCAGUUUGGGAAAUGGAUGGAUUUAUUAUUAAUCAUUUAAUUAGUUACUUAUUUAACAAUUGAAUUAUCCUAUUGAAGUAUUUGUAGUGUUUCUCAUCUAGAUCACUGAUUUUCAAAUCGUUCCAGCGCAAAUACUACACACAUGGAAAAACUAUACGUCUCAUGCAGAGGACUUGUGUAUAUAAACGUUUAGGACAGGAAAAAACAACUCGAACUCGAUUGCUGAUGUUAUGAUUGUGGUAAGAAAACGUGCGAAUAUACAUAUCAAAUGUUACAACCCGAGGUUUUUCUGUGAGAAUUUUUGUACCAAGUUAAUCAGAGCCUUAACCACGGCUUUUCUUUGUAAACUACGAACAGGAGUGACCUCGGGGUACUGAGUGGCAGCAUACAUCAUAGUGAAAAGAUAACUUCCUAUUUAUAACUAGUUUUUUUGGUAAAGAACCCACACAAUUUAUCCCAAUGUGUUCAUACGGUUCUCCGAUCGCCAGCACAGGGAGCAAGGGAGUAGGCAGAAUACGUUGGUAACGCUUUACAAUCAGCUGACAAGUAUGACAAGAUUGGCAGUAAGGCUUCACAACAGCCUUAAUGUUCGGCAGUUAAAAUGCUUAAAAACCCGGGUUUGAGUUUUCCUGUUCCGUUUAGACGUAGGUGACAAAAUUUGCGGUUCGCACUCGAUAGCUGGGGUUUUGUAGGUAGUUUUGGCAGUGGUCACUCCUGGGGGGUAGAAUUCACGAAGCAGGGGCCUGUACUACGAAGCAGGGUUACUGGCUUAUCGGAGUAACUUGUCGGAUUUAAGGUGGUCUUGGCAAAAUGUAAGGGAACGAUUAUGAAGUCCAUUUAAAUUGAUACAUUAAGUCAGACAGGUAACCCCUCUUCGUAGUACAGGCCACAUGAUUUCUCGGUUAGCUGGGUUUAACUUGUCUAGAAGUCAUGAUUGUCCAAUAGAAAUGCUGCUUACCUAAACUCAAUCUUAUUGGACAAUCAUGAGUUCUUACUAAGUUAAACCCAGCUGAGAAGUCCUGCUUUGUGGAACACAGCCCUGAAGUAAUUAAUUAUUGUUCGUUGUAUGUGCUUUGAUAUUUAAAAAGUAUAAGAAUAUAAAACGAAACCCUUCGUUUCACUGGUGUUCCCUUAUCCUAUUGCCCUUCCCAUUCCAUUCAGAAAAGCCUCAGCCGUAGACUGGGGAUCGCAACACAAAACAGACAACAUGGAAAACUACAUAUACACUAGGAACUGAAGCUAUAUUGAAAUCCUUGCGAUGUUUGGCAACAGCACCGUGAUUUGGGGUGUUUUUCCAUAUUUGUGUGUAAUUAAAAAUACUCCCACUAGACGUCAGCAGUGCUCAAAUAUCCAAAACGCAAUUUCUAACUUUGUUCUACAGUGCGCAGUAAUGCAACAGUUGCGGUUGGCUUUUGAAAUGUCUGAUUCUAGAGCAAAGAAUGUACCUAACUGAAACUAAGUAACUGUGUUUUGUAAGGUUUAUUUUACAAAGUUUACGCGACAGGCUUCCUAAUUAAAACAUGCACAUCUGCUAUAAUUAUGUAUACACUGAAAAUGGAGGUGAUGACAUUUUAAUCGUUAUUUUUCAUAUGAAAGUAGAAUAAUUAGCUAUUUGCAGUUUGAGAUUGUGUUAACUAAGAGAGCUGAUCUGUGUAAUGUUAUUUUAGUGCACCGCUUUUACCCAACUAUACGUACUGGGAGUUACACAGCUAUCUAUAUCAAGUGAACCAGUAGAUGAUAAUACGAGCUGUCUAAUUCCAAAGGUUUCCAAAUAACAGCCAGAACAGUGAGUUUUCCCAAACUGCGGUUUCUGCCGUUAGUUCAAAUGUACAGGUUAUAGGCCUACUGGCAGAAUACUGCGCAACUAACUGUAUAUGUGAGAUUUUAAUGAAAUUACAUCAUCUGAUAUAUUCCACCACAUUAAAGCUUCUAGCUGAAAUAACUCCAGUAAAACAGAACAAGAGCAAAAAUGUCUUAGCUGUAGAUUUCUUAUACAUUGUAAUCGGAACAGAUCGGCCCUACUGUAUUUACUUUGCCAAAGUCUGAGAGCGAUAAGCAGGAGCCAGCGAUGACCUCAGGUCUUUGCUGCACAAGACGAGCAAGGCGACUGUUAUCUUCUACAAUUAGUACUACUACCGUACAAUGCAGUCAUAUAGGCAUAACAUGUUCACAUAUUAAAUUUACAAUGCAAAAUACUGAAAAGGAACUUUAAACAGGCCUGUUGUAGGGUAUCAUCAUGGUGUACUGGUUUAUGCAGACGGAAAGAAACUUUGAAGGUGCCUGUGCGUGUGUGUAUGUGUGUGUAUAUAUAUAUGAGAGAGAGGGAGUUAAAUAUAAUUCAGUCUUUCCAUUCCUUUACAUUCGAAAACAAUUAAACGCAUCAGCGGAAGUACAGCUUCAAACUUACUCUAUUCCCUGAAUGAUUUGAUGAUAGUUAUCUGAAUAAUACUCACAUUUGACCGCAAAUAACGUGGGCAUUUCUUUAUGCUUAGUAGCUGGAUUGCGUAAUAUACGCGCCAUUCGGGUGUUUUCUCACUGUUUACCGUUAACCUCUUUUCUCAAAUUUCUUUGUGUUCUACAGAUUGUACAACAUGACUGUCAUAAUUACAACACGUAGUUUUUUUUAAUAAAAUAAGAUUAAUGUAACAGCUUUAUAGCCGCUGCUGUAUCUAUCUUUAUCUUUUAUUUUUUGAGGAAAGAUUACAGAAAAUUUUAUUCGACAUUUCCCCCGAAAAUAGCUGCCUUUUACCCAUUUCAUAAUUUGUACAGAGAUGGAAACAGCAGUUUUUUCUGCGUUUGUUUUCUUAAAAAAAAAAAAACUUCUAAUUACUAUAAUAGGGGAGUGACUUAGUCCAGCAAAAUAUUGCAAGGUCGCUGCACACGCAGCCCUUAUUUUUAAAAAAGCAUUUAAGGUGGUAUGGCCCAUCGCGGUAAACAAUGUGGGCGGGUCUCUACACCUAUAUUGUUGAACGGUACAAUUAUACGUAGCAAAUACACUGCGUGCAUGUUCUGAAUUGCAAAACUGUCUGUGCAUUCCCGAGUCAGUGUAAUUAAGACUACGUGAUAUACCAGUUGACUCGUUUACAGUUUUCUAUCAAUGCAGAUCUGAGUCGGACGUAUUACUCACUGCGCUGCACCCGAUCGUCUUUUCUGCAGCUAGAGGGGGGAAAUCGACAGGGACACCUUAACAGAAGUGAGCUGUGCCUCCACCGUCGGCGCGGACCAAUCACAGGCUGCUGUCUGUUUAAAUACACUUUCUUUGCAACUAGGUUCAAUCGCCAUAUUGGGCACUGCGAAGGCUCGUCUUUUUGCUUUGCUCCUACUAGAAGACGGAAUUGACAGGAGUGGCUUUUUCUUUUUUUCUAGCAAUCACACUUUGUUUUGAUGAUCCUUGCAGAUUUACUUCUACUCUCUCUGGCUCUGCUCGGCGGCUCAUUUUUUCGCAUGGUUCACAUGCGUGGGCGCUAACGCACCGCAUCAGAGCUAUAUAUAUAUUUUCUGUUUUGAAUACGCCGCAGCGCGGAGGAAAUUCGUGUUUUUUUUCCUCCUAGUUGUUUGUUUUGCUUCGCUUCGUCCUUCUCGCGAUGUCAGAUGUCCGUCUCUCGAGUAGCCCUACGCUGGAGAGGAUGGACGUCCGACUAUCCGAUCAUUCGAAGUCCCGUGCUUGCCGGUGCCUCUUCGGUCCAGUCGAUCACGGCGAGUUGAAGAAGGAGCAGCAGGAGCUCCAGCGGCUCCAGGAGGAAACGGCAGCUCGAAAAUGGAAUUACGACUUUGCCAGGGACCGGCCGCUGGCCGGCGGCGCCUACGACUGGACGGCUGUGGACAGCUGCGACCUGCCAGAGUUUUACAGUCGGGGGCAUCCCGGCGCCAGAGCCGCACUCCCCUCGGCGAGCGCCGCAGACGCGGAUCUACGAGGCCAGAGCCACUGUCAGGAGGGCGACGCGAAAGGGUCGCCGGAGGCACCUGAAAAGCCGGACGAGCAGAUGGAUUAUAGAAACCCGCGGGAGAAAUCCAUCACAAGGAAAAGACCAGGAAGCAAAGAGUCCCCUCCACAGAGUAAAAAAUCACGCAGGCUUUUGGGCGAGAGCAGCCAGUGUCCGGCGGUGCCGCUGGAAGUGACACCGAGGAAGUCCAAAACGUGAGGUUUCUACAGG